AACAACAACGGCUACUUCUACUUCACCAUUGUAAAACCAAAUUUCAAAUUUCAAUCCCAUUUUUAAACCCUCUCACCAAAUUUACUCUCAAAUCUCCAUCACCAUCCCUCGCUCUCUUCUCAAAUCUCAAAUUUCCAAACCCUAGAGUUUCUUCCUCGUAUUUGCUCCGGCUAAUCAUCCCCCACACACGAGAAGAUGAACGAUUUGAUGACGAAAUCGUUCUUAAGUUAUGUGGAAUUGAAGAAGCAGGCGCAGAGGGACGGAGACUCCGCCGCUGGCUUCGACAUUGAAUCCGGCGGCCAAGAACUCAACCCUACAGAAGAACAGAACCUGUCUCUGUUUUUCCGACAAGUCGACGAAAUCAAGACCGAAAUGGAAGAGACCACCAAUCUCUUAACCGAUCUUCGGAAACUGAACGAAGAGGCGAAAUCGACUCACAACGCCAAAAUCCUCCGCGGCCUGAGAGACCGAAUCGACUCCGAUAUGGUCUCGAUCCUCCGAAGGGCAAAACUGCUCAGAGAGAAAUUGGCCUCUCUCGACCAAUCCAACGCCGCGAACCGCCUGAUCUCCGUCGCGUACGGCGAAGGCACCACCGUCGAUCGGACGAGAAGCUCCGUCACGAGCGGAUUGAGAGUGAAACUCCGAGAGAUGAUGAACGAUUUCCAGUUGUUGCGGGAGAAAGUGGUGGCGGACCACAAGGAGGAUCUGAGGAGAAGAUAUUUCGCGGCGAUCGGGGAGCAGCCGAGCGAAGAAGUGAUGGAGAAGAUAAUGUCCGGGAGUGUGAAACUGGAAUCGUUUGGGGGAAAAUUAAGAACAGAGUCCGAGUUGGGGGAGCGAGUCAGGCACGAGUCGGUGAUGGAUAUUGAGAAGAGUUUGAAUAAGCUUCACCAGGUGUUUCUGGACAUGGCGAUUUUGGUGGAGAGUCAGGGGGAGAAGAUGGAGGAUAUUGAAGAGAAUGUGGCGAGAGGUGGGAAGCUCAUCAAUGGCGGAACUUGCAGCCUUUACUAUGCGAAUCAGAUGAAGAGGAAGAACAAGAAAUGGGUGUAUUGGGUUUGGGGUGUGAUUUUCGUUAUAUUGCUUGUUUGCAUCAUUGCUAUGUUGGUUUCUUAGAAUUCUCUCUCAGACUUCAACUCAUAAAUUGAGAAUUUUGUGGU